AGUUGGUUCUCAAAUAGUAAUGCAAAUCGCAACCGGGAAAAAAAAAAGAACUAGGCUUUAUCAUCAGCUACCAGAAAUAAUUUAAAACCCUAGAUUUUAUCAUCAGCUACCAGAAAUAAUUUUAUGAUUCGCAAUCAAAAUGACAUCUGCUUCAAAGAAACAUUAUAAGGAGAAAGUCGUUCGUCGCAGAGAGGAGAAACAAGAAGAAGCGGAUGGACCCAAAUAUAGAGACCGUGCAAAGGAGCGUAGGGAGGACCAAAAUCCAGACUAUGAAGCCACCGAAUUGGGUUCUUUUCAUGCUGUGGCUCCUCCUGGAACUGUUGAUAUUCGCGCCGCCGAUGCACACAAGCUAUCUAUUGAGAAGAGCAAGUACCUUGGAGGUGAUGUGGAGCACACCCAUUUGGUCAAAGGUUUGGAUUAUGCUUUGCUCAACAAAGUAAGAAGCGAGAUUGACAAGAAGCCUGAUGGUGGAGAUGAUAUCGAUGGAAAGUCUAGGUCAUCUAAGGAGGAUCAACACAUGUCCAUUCGGACUCCGACUGCAAAGUCAGUGUAUAAAUGGAUAGUCAAGCCUCAAACUAAUAACAAAUCGAAUGAGAUGUUCCUUCUGGGUCGAAUGGCCUUUAUUUUUAACAUGGAGGGUGGAUACUCCAACGAGAUUCCAACAACCUUGCAUAGGAGUAAAGCUGAUUGUCCAGUGCCCGAGGAAAUGGUUACUGUGAGUGUCGAUGGCUCUGUGCUGGAUCGAAUAGCUAAGAUUAUGUCAUAUCUUCGUCUUGGCUCUUCUGGGAAGGUUCUUAAGAAGAAGAAAAAGGAGAGAGAUGUAAAAGUAAAAAUUUUAGCUGCUGGUAAUGAAUAUGAUGAAGAGGAUAAGCCAUCAAAGCCUAAUGGUGGGAUGUCAAAGAACCCAACUGAAAGCGAGCUUCUUCCGCCACCUCCACCUCCACCUCCACCUCCUCUAAGGAAAAAUCAUCUUGAUUCAAGAGAGAAACAAGGCCCAGCAGUUGCUAGAGCAGAAGAUGAUGACAUAUUUGUUGGCGAAGGCGUUGACUAUGCUAUUCCUGGUAAAGAUUUGAGCCAGAGCCCCCUCUCAGAGGACAUGGAAGAGUCUCCUCGAAAUAAGGAAAAGCCUUCCUAUUUCACUGAACCUGCUUAUGGUCCAGUCCAACCCUCUGGGCUGCCUCAGGAAUGGCAAGGAACGAAUGGAUAUGAUGCGAUGCAAGCACAAGCGAUGGCUGCUGGCUACCAGGGGGAGUGGCAGGAUUACCAAUAUGCUGAACAACUGGCUUACCCUGAUCAAUACUUCCAGCAAAAUAUGCAGGCUUAUGAAGUGGAAGGAGAUUUAAAUAUUGUACAAGAUCCACGCUUUAUGACUCAAGAAGAGAAGGACCGGGGCUUAGGGUCUGUUUUUAAGCGGGAUGAUCAGAGACUUCAACAAUUGAGGGAGAAAGAUUCUCGAGAAAAGGAUCCUAACUUCAUUUCUGAGAGUUAUUCUGAAUGCUAUCCAGGGUAUCAAGAGUAUAACCGUGAGAUUGUGGACAGUGAUGAUGAAGAUGACCUAUCAAAAAUGGAUAUGGGUGGACGAGCAAAGGGCCGUCUUCAUCGGUGGGACUUUGAGACAGAGGAGGAAUGGGCAACUUACAAUGAGCAGAAAGAAGCAAUGCCAAAAGCUGCAUUUCAGUUUGGUGUGAAGAUGCAAGAUGGUCGAAAGACACGGAAACAAAACAGGGACCAGAAGCUCAAUAAUGAGCUGCACCAGAUUAACAAGAUACUUACCAGAAAGAAGAUGGAGAAGGAGAUGAAUUCUGGUGAGGGUGGCAACCACUAUGAAGAUGACCUACAACCUGGAAAGAAGCUUCGAAUAUGAAAUUUGAUAGUUGUUCUAGUGUUUAAGAGAAGUUUUCUUUUGUAAUCUGAAAUUGGUGAUACUCUUAAUUUUAUUUUAUUUUUUAAUACAAAUACAAUGGGCUUUCAUA